CGCGCCGCGCGCUCUUCACUUCUUGGGGGCUUUUUAAAACAGCGCCACUGGGGUCUUCUCCAUGCGGCUCGGGCUAUGACAGCCUCCGUGCUCCUCCACCCCCGCUGGAUCGAGCCCACCGUCAUGUUUCUCUACGACAACGGCGGCGGCCUGGUGGCCGACGAGCUCAACAAGAACAUGGAAGGGGCGGCGGCGGCGGCAGCGGCGGCGGCAGCGGCAGCGGCGGCCGGGGCCGGGGGCGGGGGCUUCCCCCACCCUGCGGCUGCGGCCGCGGGGGGCAACUUUUCGGUGGCGGCGGCGGCCGCGGCAGCCGCGGCGGCCGCGGCCAACCAAUGCCGCAACCUGAUGGCGCACCCCGCGCCCCUGGCGCCGGGCGCCGCGGCCGCCUAUAGCAGCGCGCCGGGGGAGGCGCCCCCGUCGGCCGCCGCUGCCGCUGCCGCCGCCGCCGCCGCCGCCGCCGCCGCCGCCGCCGCGUCGUCCUCGGGAGGGCCGGGCCCGGCGGGCCCGGCGGGUGCCGAGGCCGCCAAGCAAUGCAGCCCCUGCUCCGCGGCGGCGCAGAGCUCAUCCGGGCCAGCGGCGCUGCCCUAUGGCUAUUUCGGCAGCGGCUACUACCCGUGCGCCCGCAUGGGCCCGCACCCCAACGCCAUUAAGUCGUGUGCGCAGCCCGCCUCGGCCGCCGCCGCUGCCUUCGCGGACAAGUACAUGGAUACUGCCGGCCCCGCGGCCGAGGAGUUCAGCUCCCGCGCUAAGGAGUUCGCCUUCUACCACCAGGGCUACGCAGCCGGGCCUUACCACCACCAUCAGCCCGUGCCUGGCUACCUGGAUAUGCCGGUGGUGCCGGGUCUCGGGGGCCCCGGCGAAUCGCGCCACGAGCCCCUGGGUCUUCCCAUGGAAAGCUACCAGCCCUGGGCGCUGCCCAACGGCUGGAACGGCCAAAUGUACUGCCCCAAAGAGCAGGCGCAGCCUCCCCACCUCUGGAAAUCCACACUGCCCGACGUGGUCUCCCAUCCCUCGGAUGCCAGCUCCUAUAGGAGGGGGAGAAAGAAGCGCGUGCCUUAUACUAAGGUGCAAUUAAAAGAACUCGAACGGGAAUACGCCACGAACAAAUUCAUAACCAAGGACAAACGGAGGAGGAUAUCAGCCACGACGAACCUCUCCGAGCGGCAGGUUACAAUCUGGUUCCAGAACAGGAGGGUCAAAGAGAAAAAAGUCAUCAAUAAAUUGAAGACCACURGUUAAUGGAUUAAAAAGUGGAGCACAGGGCAACUUGAAGAAAUGCUUCAGAACUGAUUGUUUUUGCCCAGCUAAUGGUAAUAAUGCUUAAUAAUAAUUGAAGAAUUGGAAAGAGAGACACUGGUAUUUUGCUGUCUUAAGUGGGAAUUUCUUUUUAAUGGAAUCUACAACUUUUUAAAAACUUUUUAAGAUGGUAAAGACUGACAGUUCUCCCGCCAACAGACCGUUAAAUGACAAAUUCUAGAGUCAAACGUCAACCCCUAAAUACGAAAUUUCAGAUAACUUACGCACUUACUAAAAUCUUGUAAGUAUUUAUGUGACCGUUAUAUUUUAGGACACUGUGUUAGAUGGUAAUGAUUUGAAAGUUGGUUAUAAAAGCAAGAGUCUGUUGUAAACAUCUGCUUGUUCUUCUUAGGUCGUCAUUCCCUUUGCAUGUUAAGUGCCUGCUCAGGUAAAUCUUAGUGAAAUUCCUACCAUUGUAUGUUCUGAAAAAUGUUUCAUAUAUAGGUUUAAAGCAAAAAAGAGAAGGUACUGAAAUAAUGGUCUUUAACUAUUUACUAUGAAGGGAGAAAGGAGAGAAAACUCUUCCGAGGAUCAUUUGUCUUGAUAGUAAAUACAGCCUUUAAUUUUUUGAGGCUAAAAGGAAACACCAGAUUGGUAAUGUCCUUCUAAUAAUAGCAAGCAUAUUUGUGAUUGGACUACCACAAUAUCAGAGAUUUUCCAAAGAAUUGAGUAUUUUUUAAAUGUUUAAAUUACCAGAUGAUCCGCAGGGUUGACAUUAUGUUAGAUCUCCCAGAAAGUCCUACCCAAACAUGAAGGAUUUCAGUUUGAAUGCAAUUCCUUUUUUUUUUUUUUAAUUUAAUUGGCAUUUUCCAAUAUUUUCUGAACGUUUUGCUGGAUAAAUCAUUUUUUUUUAUUUUUAGAAAACUCUGAAUGGAAAUCCAUUCCCCUGAAAUAUUUAGAUGUCUACAUUCUGUAUUUUGAUCUAUUAAGGUGUUAGUGUUUUCCUUGUUUAUUGUGUUAUGAGACUUCAUUAGAAAGUUUAGGGAUUCAUCUUCACUGCACAUUUUAAACCAAGCAGUUAUUUCAACCAGCACAUUCGUUUUGUUCAUAUUCACUAUAAAAUGCUAUCUUGUAAAUAAAGACAUUCAGCACACUGUGAAAAAAAUGUAUUUGUGCACCUGCUUUUUAAAUAUUUCUAC